UCCCGAUGCGGGAGAUUUUUAAAACAUUCUACGCUCGCAAUUCGCAAACGACCGACGUCUUGGUGAUAAUACCAAAUCGGGGAUGAUAACUUGACUUCUGCUAAAUGAAGUCGUGGAAGCAAUCGAAUAGUGAUAGAGAGGAACUUUUAAUUAAUUUAUACGAACAAUUUUCUUUCGUGUUUGUGUAGUGAUUGUGCUUUUCUCAUUAUAAUUUUCGCUUUGUUUUUGUGAGAUUUUUGUGGUUAACAUGCAUCAUCGACAGCAACAGCAACAGCAGAGUCAGCAAAUGACUCAGCAAAGUCAGAUUCAGCAAAGUCAAACUCAACAGCAAAGAAUGAGCCGUACGGAGACUCGACAGUUCACCACCCAUCAAACAGUUCAAGAAGGACACAUGCAGGUAUCCGGGCAACACAUGAUAGAUCAAGCUGGUUUGCAACAAAUUGGAUUUGGUCCAAAUGCAGCGCCACCGAUGUUUGAAAAGGUUUUCCAAAACGCAAGAUUCGCCCAAGGUGGUAAUGCCACCUUUGACGGUCGCGUUACUGGAAAACCCCAACCGACAGUCGUGUGGACCCGCAAAGGAGCCCAAAUGAGAGAUUCAUCCAAAUAUCGCAUCUCCUACAACGAUCAAACUGGCGACAUCACUUUGGCCAUUUAUCAAAUCGGGCCCGGAGAUGAAGGAGAAUACACGUGUUCCGCAAGAAACCAAUACGGAGAGGCGGUUUGCUCCGUCUAUAUUCAACCCGAAGGUUUCCCGAUGGCUCAGCAAGGUACCCAGAAAACACAAACCUUCAAAACUUCCGAACAUAAGACCACCAGCACUGCGCACGGUACCACAUACCAAAAGCACCAAGAAUCUUCUUUCUACACCAACGGCACGGAGCAGGAAUUUAAAAUAGAUACAUUUGAAUAUCGUCUUCUGCGCGAGGUGUCAUUUCGAGAAUCCAUCACUAGAAGGCACGCAAGUGAAACCGACGUGCACGUAUCGACCACGGUGGAAAGAUCGUUAGGUCCACCAGCUCCGCCACAAAUAACUCAAAAGCCUCGCAACUCAAAGUUGUUGGAGGGAUCCGAUGCAGUGUUCAGUGCAAAAGUUGCCGCAAAUCCCAGACCGCGCUUGACUUGGUUCCGAAACGGCCAAAGAAUCACGCAGUCCAAUAAAUACGAAUCCAGUUACUCCAACAAUCAAGCAACACUUCGGGUGAAACAAGCCCAAUCGGAAGACUCCGGGCAUUACACGCUAUUAGCCGAGAAUCCCCAAGGGUGCAUUGUAUCCUCGGCGUAUUUGGCUAUCGAACCAGUAACCACCCAAGAAGGUUUAGUGCACGAUGCGACAUUCCCAGUGCACCAAAUUGAGGAGCCGUCGGAGACGGCCAAGACUCUUGCACCUAACUUUGUACGAGUGUGCGGUGAUCGGGAUAUUACAGAAGGUAAAAUGACACGUUUCGACUGCAGAGUUACAGGGCGUCCCUAUCCUGAGGUUACUUGGUUAAUCAACGGGCGCAAGGUAACUGAUGAUCACAAUCACAAAAUACUCGUAAACGAGUCUGGUAACCACGCACUUAUGAUUACGAGUGUUGGACGUAACGAUUCCGGAAUAGUAACUUGCGUUGCCACAAACAAGUCUGGAGAGACCUCUUUCCAGUGCAAUCUGAAUGUUAUUGAAAAGGAGCAGGUCGUUGCUCCGAAAUUUGUAGAACGAUUUACCACGACUAGCGUAAAAGAAGGGGAACCGGUAGUUCUGCACGCUAGAGCUGUAGGAACUCCUGCCCCACGAAUCACUUGGCAGAAGGAUGGUGUGCCAUUAACUCCAAGUCACGAAAUACGAAUUACGACGGACAACAGUGGAUCCUCGACAUUGGACAUUUCGCGAGCCAAGGCGUCGGAUGCUGCAUGGUAUCAGUGCACCGCUCAGAAUGUCGCCGGGUCCACUGCAACACGAGCACGUCUGUUCGUCGAAGUACCCCAAGGACCUAUGUCGGAACCUUGGCGUCUACAUCUUCCCCGACCGACUAAAGUUAUUGAACCUGAACCCGAACCUGGUCCUGAGGUGAUCUACCUCAAACACAUCGAGCCCGCUCAACCUUACUAUCCCAGGGCGGAAGAGGACCGGGUAUAUCCACCUCCGCAAUUUAUCAUUCCCUUGCGCGACGUAAUGCAACUGGAAGGUGGAAAGGUUCACUUCGAAGCAAGAAUCGAACCUGUAGGUGAUCCUACGAUGCGCGUGGAGUGGUUUGUCAACGGAAAAUCAUUGGAAGCAAGCUCCCGCGCGACAACAAUUUUCCGCUUUGGAUUUAUAGCGCUUGACUUGCUCAGUAUUACUAUGCGUGAUAGUGGCGAAUACGUCUGCCGUGUAACCAGCGCUACAGGUUCCACGGAAUCACGUGCCACACUCGGCGUGACCGCGCGCGCUUCAAUCGAACGUACGAGUCAGCACCCCGACAGCCUACAGUACAUUCAACAACUCGAAGACUACUCAAAGUACCAAAGGACCGAUAGCCUCGAAGAGACUUCAUCGCAGAAACCGCACUUCAUCCGUCCACUCCAAGAUCAGGGCGCUCUCCAGGAAGGACGAAACGCGCACUUCGAAGCGCAAUUAACACCAGUGAGCGACCCGACGAUGAAAGUGGAGUGGUACAAGGAUGGAAGACCGAUCACGGCCAGUUCCAGAAUUUCGACCAUAUUCAACUUCGGUUACGUUUCCCUAAAUAUAAUGCACCUACGUGCCGAAGAUGCCGGAACUUACACGGUGAGGGCAGUGAAUCGUAUGGGAGAGGCUAUCAGUAAUGCAAACUUGCAAGUGAUCGUGCGCUCAACGGUCACAAGCGACUUGGGAAUACCAGAACAACAAAGGUACAUUGAGAAGGUGGGCGAGCUGGAAGCGUACCAGCAGCAACAGCACCACAAGUACGUUCAGGAAACUCCCGAGAGUUCCCAACCGCCCGAGUUUAAAACGCCGAUCAAAGACCAGCACGGAAUACGCGAGGGCGGUUUCGCACACUUUGAAGCGCGGCUGGAACCCACCGGUGACAGCACGUUGAAAGUUGAAUGGUUAAAGGAUGGACGACCGGUAGAGGCGAGCUCGAGAAUGACGACAUUUUUCAACUUUGGUUACGUCGCCUUGACGAUCAAGGCCGUCACCAUUCACGAUGUCGGCAACUACACCUGCCGCGCCUACAACGCUUUAGGCGAAGCGGCUACCACCGCGCAACUUAGCGUUGUCAGCAAGAAGGAUAUAAUCGUCGAUUCCCAACAUCCCGGCGGAUUGCAAAAGAUACAGCACUUGGAGGACUCGACACGGUACACUCGCAAAAUGGACGAGGAGGUUACGGUCACGCAAAAGCCUAGGUUUUUGGGGCCGCUGAAAGGGACGAACAAAAUCGUCGAGGGACAACGCGCUCAUUUCGAAGCGCGAGUUGAACCGCAAAACGACUCGACCAUGAAGUUGGAUUGGUACUUCAAUGGAAAGUUAAUCGAGAGUGCCAAUCGCAUACAAACCUACCAUGACUUUGGCUAUGUCGCCUUGGAUAUUCUCAGCGUGAGAGGCGAGGACAGCGGCACCUAUACUGUUGUCGCUAGAAACGCGCUGGGUGAAGCUCAACUCUCCGCCAGCAUGGUGGUGGAAACACGCGCCAGCAUUGACACAAGAAGCAUGCACAGGACCGCGUACGAAAAAACGCAACGCAUGGAGAGGCCUCCACAUGUAGAACCCGAAUAUCAAAUUGAAGAAUUGUGUAAAUCAAAACCGAUCUUUGUCGUGCCACUAUCUGAUCCACAGCCACUCUCCGAGGGCCGAAAUAUUCACUUGGAGUGCCGAUUGGAACCAAUGGGCGAUCCCACAAUGCGAGUCGAUUGGUUCUGCAACGGAAAACCGAUAACAGUCGGUUCUCGAUUCCGAACGUACUACGACUUCGGCUUCGUCGCCUUGGAUAUAAUCCACGCGACCGCCUUAGACUCAGGAGAAUACACAGUGCGUGCCACUAACCAACUGGGAUCGGCCCACACAUCGGUACGGUAUAAUAAAAAGAAAAGAGGAGCAUACAAAGAAGCGAUUAGACAAGCUACAUUAGAGGCCAGAGAAAUCGUAGAAAAUAGAAUAAGAAAGGAAACGCCGCUAGUAAGUUCUCCUUCGCAAAACAUUAUAACUGUGCCACCACCUGCACUAGCAUCUCCUAGAGAAAUCGAUGUUAUGUCGUAA